CACCUUGAUUUGUUUGAACCCUCGUUUGCUGGGAUACUUUCAAGCCCUCCUUCACAGUCAUGUGGUCAUCACAGCUGCUGUUCUUCACAAUGCUCUUAACACCGUUAGCACAUGCUUUCAGCCGUGCCCCAGUCCCCAUGGCUGUGGUCCGAAGGGAACUGUCCUGUGAGAGUUACCCCAUAGAGCUUCGCUGCCCGGGAACAGAUGUCAUCAUGAUUGAAAGUGCCAACUAUGGGAGGACUGAUGAUAAAAUCUGUGACUCUGAUCCUGCUCAGAUGGAGAAUAUCCGCUGUUAUCUGCCAGAUGCAUAUAAGAUUAUGACUCAAAGAUGCAGUAAUCGGACCCAAUGUGCAGUUGUUGCUGGCCCUGAUGUGUUUCCAGACCCUUGCCCUGGGACAUACAAGUACCUGGAAGUGCAGUAUGAAUGCGUCCCUUACAUUUUUCUUUGCCCUGGACUGCUGAAAGGAGUAUACCAGAGCGAACACUUGUUUGAAUCUGACCACCAAUCUGGUGCCUGGUGCAAGGACCCUCUGCAGGCGUCUGACAAGAUCUACUACAUGCCCUGGACACCAUACCGGACAGACACGCUGACGGAGUACUCCUCCAAGGAUGACUUCAUUGCUGGGAGGCCAACUACAACCUACAAACUCCCGCACCGGGUGGACGGCACAGGGUUCGUGGUGUAUGAUGGGGCUUUGUUCUUCAACAAGGAGCGAACCAGGAACAUAGUCAAGUUUGACUUGCGGACAAGGAUAAAAAGCGGGGAGGCUAUUAUAGCUAAUGCAAAUUACCACGACACCUCUCCCUACCGCUGGGGAGGCAAGUCUGAUAUAGACCUGGCUGUGGAUGAGAACGGGCUAUGGGUAAUCUAUGCAACAGAACAAAAUAAUGGCAAAAUAGUCAUUAGUCAGUUAAACCCUUACACGUUAAGGAUUGAAGGGACGUGGGAUACUGCAUAUGACAAGAGGUCAGCUUCUAAUGCCUUCAUGAUCUGUGGGAUUUUAUAUGUGGUGAAGUCUGUGUAUGAAGAUGAUGACAAUGAAGCCACAGGGAAUAAAAUAGACUACAUCUAUAACACUGACCAAAGCAAGGAUAGCAUGGUGGAUGUGCCCUUUCCAAACUCCUACCAGUACAUUGCUGCUGUGGAUUAUAAUCCCCGGGACAACCUCCUUUAUGUAUGGAACAACUAUCAUGUUGUGAAAUAUUCUUUGGAUUUUGGCCCACUGGACAGCAGAGCAGGGCAGGCUCACCAUGGGCAGGUUUCCUACAUUGCCCCACCGAUCCACCUCGAUUCGGAUCUGGAGAGACCACCAUCCAAGGGAGUAUCAACAUUGGGAGCUCUGGGCCUGGGAAGCACCACUGCCAGCACUACGCCACGGGUGGUCACCAGCAGCACCGGCCGCCCCACCACCACCUCGGCCUCAGGCAGGAGGAACAGGAGCACCAGCACACCAUCACCCAUGGCUGACGUCCCUGAUGAAAUGACCACACACCUCCCACCCGCCUCCUCCCAGCUGCCACCGACGGGUGCGGAGAGCUGUGACCCCAUGGAAGCCCGUGAUAUUAUGUGGUCUCGGACUCGGCAGGGCCAGGUGGCAAAGCAGCCAUGUCCCAUGGGCUCGAUAGGUGUUGCAACUUUCCGGUGUCUUGUGCCAGAUGGGAUCUGGGAGCCUCAAGGACCUGAUCUCAGCAACUGCUCUUCUCCCUGGAUCAACCACAUCACUCAGAAGAUGAAGUCGGGGGAGAUGGCUGCCAACAUUGCCCGGGAACUUGCGGAGCACACAAAAAACCACUUGUACGCUGGUGACAUCGCGUACUCUGUGUCUGCCAUGGUCCAGCUCGUGAACUUGCUUGAUGUGCAGCUCCGAAACCUGACUCCAGGCGGGAAGGACAGCGCUGCACGUAGUUUAAAUAAGCUUCAGAAAAGGGAGCGCUCUUGCAGGGCCUAUGUCCAGGCCAUGGUGGAGACGGUGAACAACCUCCUGCAGCCACAGGCUCUGAAUGCAUGGAGGGACCUGAACGCAAGCGAACAGCAGCGGGCAGCCACCAAGUUACUUGACACCGUGGAGGACAGUGCCUUCGUGCUGGCUGAUAACCUGCUGAAGACAGACAUUGUCCGGGAAAACACUGACAACAUCCAGCUGGAAGUUGCGAGACUAAGCACAGAUGGGAAUCUGGAAGAUCUGAAGUUUCCCCAGAACACAGGCCAUGGGAGUGCCAUUCAGCUGUCAGCAAAUACCUUGAAACAAAAUGGUCGAAAUGGUGAAAUCAGAGUAGCUUUUGUGCUGUACAAUAACCUGGGCACCUAUCUCUCCACGGAGAAUGCCAGCAUGAAGUUGGGAACAGAAGCAAUGUCGACUAAUCACUCCGUCAUUGUCAACUCCCCUGUCAUCACAGCAGCAAUAAACAAAGAGUUCAGCAAUAAGGUUUACCUGGCUGAUCCUGUGGUGUUUACUGUCAAGCACAUCAAGCAGUCAGAAGAAAAUUUCAAUCCGAACUGUUCGUUCUGGAGCUACACAAAGCGUACAAUGACAGGGUAUUGGUCCACUCAGGGGUGUCGCCUCCUGACAACUAACAAGACACACACCACAUGCUCCUGCAAUCACCUAACCAACUUUGCGGUCCUCAUGGCACACGUGGAAGUUAAGCACAGCGAUGCAGUCCAUGACCUGCUCCUAGACUUUAUCACGUGGGUUGGCAUCUUGCUCUCACUAGUCUGCCUCCUGAUCUGCAUCUUCACCUUCUGCUUCUUCCGUGGGCUGCAGAGUGACCGCAACACGAUUCACAAGAACUUGUGCAUCAGCCUCUUCGUGGCAGAACUCCUCUUCCUUAUUGGCAUCAACCGAACUGACCAGCCGAUUGCCUGUGCCGUCUUUGCUGCCCUCCUGCACUUCUUCUUCCUGGCAGCUUUCACCUGGAUGUUUCUGGAGGGAGUGCAGCUCUACAUCAUGUUGGUGGAGGUUUUUGAGAGCGAACACUCCCGGAGGAAGUACUUCUAUUUGGUCGGCUACGGCAUGCCUGCGCUGAUUGUGGCAGUAUCAGCAGCGGUGGACUACCGGAGCUACGGCACGGACAAAGUAUGUUGGCUCCGACUUGACACCUACUUCAUUUGGAGCUUUAUAGGACCAGCGACCUUGAUAAUUAUGCUUAAUGUCAUCUUCCUUGGGAUCGCUCUCUAUAAAAUGUUUCAUCAUACUGCCAUACUGAAACCUGAAUCUGGAUGUCUUGACAAUAUCAAGUCCUGGGUUAUAGGUGCAAUAGCCCUACUCUGCCUAUUAGGACUGACCUGGGCAUUCGGACUCAUGUAUAUUAAUGAAAGCACAGUCAUCAUGGCGUAUCUCUUCACCAUAUUCAAUUCUCUGCAGGGAAUGUUUAUAUUCAUUUUCCAUUGUGUCCUCCAGAAAAAGGUACGUAAAGAGUAUGGAAAAUGCCUGCGCACACAUUGCUGUAGUGGGAAAAGUACAGAGAGCUCUAUCGGCUCAGGAAAAACCUCGGGGUCACGAACACCUGGAAGAUAUUCCACAGGCUCACAGAGCCGGAUUCGUAGGAUGUGGAAUGACACAGUUCGAAAGCAGUCCGAGUCUUCCUUUAUUACUGGAGAUAUAAACAGUUCAGCUUCACUCAACAGAGGAGCCAUGGCUAAUCAUCUUAUAACCAAUGCUCUGCUUCGUCCUCAUGGCACUAACAACCCUUAUAAUACAUUGCUCGGGGAAUCGGCGGUCUAUAACAACCCUUCUGUCAGCAUGUACAACGCACAAGAGCCCUACAGAGAGACAAAGGGGCUUCUGAACAAUGCCAGGGAUACAAGUGUCACGGAUACUCUACCACUGAAUGGUAAUCACGGCAACAGCUACAGCAUCGCCAGCGGCGAGUACCUCAGCAACUGCGUGCAAAUCCUUGACCGCGGGUACAACCACACUGAGAACGCCCUCGAGAAAAAGAUCCUGAAGGAACUCACCUCCAACUACAUCCCUUCCUAUCUGAACAACCAUGAGCGCUCCAGCGAGCAGAGCCGCAACUUGAUGAACAAACUCGUCAACAGCGUGGGCGGCGGGAGCGAGGACGACGCCAUCGUGCUGGACGACGCCACCUCCUUCACCCAUGAGGAAAGCCUGGGCCUGGAGCUCAUCCACGAGGAGUCAGACGCCCCGCUGCUGCCCCCCCGGGUGUAUUCGGCAGACAACCAGCAGCCCCACCUCUACAGCCGGCGGCGCAUCCCGCAAGACAACAGUGAGAGCUUUUUCCCCUUGCUGACCAACGAGCACACGGACGACCUCCAGUCACCCAACAGGGAUUCUCUCUACACCAGUAUGCCUGCGCUGGCUGGCAUGCCAAUGACAGAAAGCGUCACUGCCAGCACCCAGACCGAUCCCCCGCCGGCCAAAAGCGGUGGCAGCGACGCUGACGAUGUUUACUACAAAAGCAUGCCCAACCUCGGCUCCAGGAACCACGUCCAUCAGCUACACACUUACUACCAGCUAGGUCGAGGCAGCAGCGAUGGUUUUAUAGUCCCACCAAACAAAGAGGGAACCCCCCCGGACGGCAAUGCAAAAGGACCUGCUCACUUGGUCACUAGUCUAUAGAAGAUUCAGCAAAAAAUUAAGCAAAGAGACAACAAAAAGCCCCUCCGUAAUGCUCGGUUUACUGUUCUGAGUUAAUCCAAACAGUGGUAAUAUUGUGUGUACUCCUAAAUCUUCAUGCUGUUCAAAAGGAAACUCUCAGACUUUUUUUACUGGAAUUUUUAGGCCAGCCCGGAGAAGACAAUAACUGCUGCCCCCCUCUUCUCCCCCCAUCCUCCUUCCCUCCAGACAGACUUCAUUAUGUUAAUGAAAGAGAUAGAUAAUGGCACACUUCGUGGCCUUCUCAAGUUAUGCCAUGUUUGUUUAAACAGUCCUUGAUGCUUUGUUGCUCUUAAUACCAAGGACCUGAUUUAAGAGGGGGAAAAAAAAAAAAAAAAGGCAAAGAAAAAAAAAAUAAACAAAAGGCCAAAAACGUGCAUUUGAAACUAGUAGGCGAUGAUGCAUCUAGGUGGGAGCGCUGCACAAAAACAAGCUAGCAAAACUGUUUCUUACCAAUCCAGAUCACGUCAUGGGUUUUGGUCACUCACAACUUGGUUUCACUGCAGCACCCUUUGCUGUGGGAGCAAACAAAACAAAAACAAAUUUAAUGAGACGGAAGGGAAUCCUAGAAUUCUGUGCUAAAUGCAUAUUUUACAUUUUGCUGUAUUAACGGAUGAUAAAAACUAAUGGCAGAAAAAGAGAAGCAAACAAUUUCUAUGUAAUGUACAGAUACUAGCAUUGCACAUAUAGUCUGCUUUCUGUUCCUCCAGAACUUGCGUCCCUGUUAAUGUAGUGGAAAAAAAGAAAAAAAAAACUUUUUUCUGUUGUGCUGGUCUUGUAAGUUUGUCUACCAGUAGGAGCAAGGUUUUUCAUAACUCCUCUUUUUUUCUUUUUUCUUUUUUUCUUUUUUUUUUUCUUUUUAUUUUCUUUAGCGUUUUCCAAUGCCCCUCACCUCCAUCCCCUCCCAUCCCAGUAAAAAAAUCUCACUGGGAAGAAACAGAAAAGAACAUCACUUUCUAAGGACCAUAUAGAAAUCACCAUUUCUUUUCAGCCAAGACAGUCUUUUUAUUUCCUCGAUGUAUUAACUUUUUCAGCCGGCAUAUUGCCGGCACACCUUUUGGCAGACUCUAGAGCAGGGUGAGCUUCCCCGUUGACAGUGCACAACUGAUCAUGAUGAUAAUCCUGCAAAGCAUCUUUGGCGAGCAGCCCCGUAGCCAGGCCGUAGGGUCGCAUCCAGAGGCAAUUUCUAUUUUUUUUUUUUUUUAUCGUCGUGGCAGGGCUUCUACAGGAGACAGCCAUUUCCCUGGAGGAGCGAAAGGCCUUCAUGGCUCCAUCUGGUCCCCAGUUUAGGCACUUGUACUGCAGUGGUUAAGAUGAAAAUCGAUUGAUGCGUAGUGAGCUAAAAAGUACUUUGCGGUGAUUUAAAAAAAAAAAAAAAAAAAGAAAAAUCUUCUGUUCAUUAUUUUUCCUAACAGGAAAUUUAUUUAUUUGACAGGAUUUUUAAGUAACAUAGGCUUUCUGGAGGUAAAUUAGCAGCACGGAGUAUGAAUUCUUUUUUUCUUUUUUAAUUUAUGAUCCAUUUUGUACGGUCUCAACAGUUGAAUGACCUCAUUACUAAUAUUUGUUGUAAAAGUGAAGCUUGUUUGCCAACCAAUAAACAACUGAUCACAAUUUAGAAGAUACUGUAUGUAUGUACUGUACGAUUAAUCUCUCUUUUUUUGUUGUUGUUGUUUUUCCUCUCUCUAUUGUUGUCUUUAAUCUCCACUUCUUUAUGGCAUGGGUGAGCAAUGCCAAAGAAAGGAGGCCUAACCUGAGCAAUUUAAGCACGAAGGUUGUGCAGCUAUGGCUGACUAGAAAUAUCAGGCUAGCAGUACUUGUUUAGGGGUGAGAACAACACGAGUCAACAUUUGUUGCAGGUGAUUCUAGGUCUGUUUUGUGCCUACUGUAUAAACUAGCCCACAACAUGCGGAUGAUUUGAGUAUAGUAUUUCAUGUGUCGUACCUUUUAAUCAUUGUAAUGAUUUUUUUUUUAAAAAAAAUUUUUUUUUUUUUAUAUUUUGGUUCUUCUGAGAUUAAAACUGCUGGUAGCAUGUCAAAGAGUAAAACAAGUCCCCGUUAGGCCUCCUCGGUCGUUGUUUGCUGUCUCUUUAUUUUCUUGCUCCGGGCAUAUGCAAGGUGCCAGCGCCAUCCUGGGCCACAUCGCCCUUCCCGUCCCAAUGGCUCACUGGCGUUCUGCGGCUCUCCUCCGGCCUCCCCUUUACAGUCCCUUGGGAGCAAUUAGGAUUCAUCAUCAGGAUAUAGAAAGCCACAAAGUAGAAUAGAAAGGUUGACAGUGAAAAUAACCUCCUCUGGACAAACUCAGUACCAAUUUCUCGGUAUGUGAUUUUUCACAAAGCCCUCUCAUACUUUGGGCUUUGGGUUCUGGUGCUGCCUCCAUCCAAGCUGUCUCCAUCCAGCUCCCGUCAAGCUGGAUAAAAGACAAAAGAUUUGGAGCAGGCCAGUGACGCUUGUGUUAGACAAGAUAUUCCCAGUGUCGGAGGAUAAAUGCAGCAGUGGAGCAGCUCUGCCUCCAUCCUGGGGUUGUCCUCGUGAGGGGCAAUGCUGCUUGGUGCUGCUCACCAGGGGCUUGUCAAUGGGGAGAACCAGGGGGUGGUGGUAUUUGGUGGUAUUUGGAGUCUGGUUUGAGUCACCUGAGUCGCUCCUGCAGCCAGGCACUCAGGCCAAAACAUCUAGGGAAGGAAACUUCAUUUCUGACCCAGCACCAAUUGCAGCUGUGCCUCUUGCCAGGUUUAGGUUUCAGCAAGGGAGAUUGGGAAUCACCUGGCUUUGUAGCAAAGCAGCCACUGGCCAGCCAGGUCAUGCUCUUGCCUCCCUGUUUCAGUUUAUUUUCCAUGCCAGCAAUGAUGGAGCUGGGCAGAGCAUGCAGGGUAGACCUAUGCAUGCAGACAAAUCAAGCAUUUAAGACCCACGUGGUCAUAGCAAUCCAUGUAGCAGCCCAAUGGAGGCAGCUGAGGCUUGGAAUACUUGAAGUACCUCUUAUUUUGGAGAAAGUAAAAAUUGUCUUUUACUGUAUUAGACAAAAAGCUUUCCAGCGAUAUGGAAGGAUUGAACUAAUGUGGAGGGUGAUAUACACCAUAGCAAAUAUUGUCAUGAUAAAAUGGGAGGUAGGUAAUUAACAUGGUAUUUGCCAGCAUGUUUGAAACUAUGCAAGAGCAAACCAGUGGUGGAUUUGCUAUGGGAUGAUUGCAUUCUGCUGAAAAUCUUUGACUUUCUUUACUCUCAAUAGUCAUUCUUCCCCAGCCUUUCUGUGUAUUUUGGAUUUAUCAGUGGGCAAGCUGUUUUUCCCCUCUUCUCCAUCCCUGCUCACUCGAGGUUCUGUCUGCCAGCCCACCAUGCCUAUUAGCACUUUGAUUGCAAAAGAACGGUGUUUAUUUUCAAGCUGAUUAUUUCCAUCCCCAGGCUGCUCUGGCACCACAGGAUUUGCUGUCGGUGCUUACAGCUUUGGAAACAGCUGAAUCACAAAACAGAGGGGAAAUAGAUAUUAAUAAUUAUAUUAAACCAAAAAUUAUUUAAGACUGUAAUGGAGGGAGCAGGAUGGGGAUUAUUUUUGUCUUUUUUUUCCCCUUGAAAACAGGCUUUUGUUGUGUCAGAGAGUUGAUUAUGGGCAUGGUGAAGGUUUCUGCUUGUUGAUAAGUAGCUCAGUAGAUACAAUUCUUAGCCACGUGGCAAUGUACUGGUGUCUUCUGUGCAGACUGCAGCAUGUGAAACUCAAGUCAAUAUUAAGUCCUCAGUCCCUAAAAUGCUCCUGGGGUAUGAGAGAGAGCUACAAAACUUCUAAGGCAUUUCUUAAUACUGAGCCAAGGCAAAGAUAAGAGAAAAUAGCUUGAUGAAGCAGUAGUAGUGAUUAUGGUGUUAAAUCCAUACCUAUGCUCGGGGCACAUAACUUUGCAAGCUGGGUGGAAGGGGAUAAUCAGCCCUGUACUAGAAGGAACUUCUUUUUUAGCACUUUGUUUAACAAAACAAAAAACAAACAAACAAAACCCCGUUUGCCUUAUAAGGAGAAGAUUAAAGCUUCAUCAUUCAAGUGCAAUAAGCAUCCCACUUUCAAUGAAAACCAAACUGAAUAUAGGCAGACAGUGCUUGAUAGAAUGAAAACAUCACCCUGAUACAUAGAAAUCCCUUUCUGAAACAUGGGACCACCUUUGGGAGGCACAGGUUGCCAGGCAUGUUUGGAGUGAGAAUUGUCAAUGUCAAUUCCUUGCUUGAGCAUCCUUUUGGAAAGCUUUGCUUGCAGGUGGGAAGAGGGGGACAGGGAACUACAAGGCUCCGUGCCUUGCAUUUUACUUGAAAUCAUCUCAGGAUGCUUUGCAAGUUGUGAAUCCCUCUUUUUUCUCCUGACUUCUAAUUUGCAUGGGACUGGGUUAUUUUUCCUGGGUAAUCCCAUUGCAGGCUGCCCUGUAACAAGCUGACUCACCAGUUUAUUGUUCAGUCCCUGUGUUUUCCACUGCUUAAGGACACUGACUCCAAUGGGCAAUGCCUGCCCAUUUUUUGCAAGAGCCAUAAGAGACUAAAGAUGUCUGCAAAACAUGUGAAGAAGAGACACAAGGGGAAUAACAGGCCAAGAAAGACUGUUUAGGCUGGAGGGUUGCUACGGAUGGGGUGUAGUCAUCACAGCUUUGGAGGCACUCUGUAGGCAAUAUUACUUAUCAUGGUGCUGUUCCUUUCCACCUGUUGACUGCAUUUAAUUUCCUGAAAUCUGUGAUGGUUAAUCUUUUCCCUUCCUCCCUGCCCCCAGGUAAUGAGCAGUGAGAUGCUUCAGAGGGCCAAGGGAAAUAGUGGCGGUGGUGGGAGGUGCUUAGCUCCGGGGAGUGUCUCUGUGUGUGUCCCUAUCACCUGAAUCCCCCUUCCCUCUUCUCUGGCCAGCUGGCCUCUCUCCUACACACCCCCAUAUGCUCUGGAUCUCACUAGUUUAUAAAGAAUAUAAUACCCUGCAGACUUGCCUGGAUAACAGGGAUAAAAAGAUAGCUCAUCUUGUUAAAAAACUAUCUUGAAAGCCUAAGAGCACCGGCCUGGUCAUCUCUCACACCCUGAUCUCCUUACACUUAGAAAGAAAAGUACUUUAUUUUUAGCUACCUGCUGCAUUCAGCUAGACUCUAUGCAAAUUUUGUUUAAUGAAUAUUUUAGGGUUUAAAUAGUCUGUGCUCAUGAACAUUACAUAAAUGUCAUGUUGUCGCAGGCUCUCUGGUAACCGUGGAGAACAUCCUGCAGCGUAAAGCUGAAAUGAGAUAAAAUUGGUGAUGAAUGCUCCCAGGGAAGGCGGUGGUGGUUGCGUUAGCGGUGGCCAUCCUCAGCAGGGACUUUAGCAGUGCGGCCAGGAGAAAACACCCAAAGGGGUACCCUCCGGAGGGCAGCAGCACCCCCUGCUCUGCACCAAGAGUCAUUUUGUUCAGUGCAGGCAGCUGGUAUAGAGCCAGUUUUGCUCUCCCAAGGGCUUUGGCAAGCCCUGGGGUUGCAUGGAUCAUACACCAGAUCAUGCGUCACCCCGGUUCAGAAGGGAUGGUCUGUUUAAUGCUGAAAUAUUGAGACUAGCCAGAAUAGCUUGGAAAUCUUCCUUUUUCACAUCAGAAUAGCUUUCUACAGGUGCUUCCUGUUUAUUGUAUUUGGUACGCCAGAAAUAUGGUGAUAGUCUUCUCCAGCAAAAUGGCAACAACAAAAAAAAUCAUCCGACCUAUUUGCUGUCUUUUUAUUUCUUCAUCCUUCACAUAUUUUCUUUUCUUAUAUUUCUACUCUUUAAAUAUGCUGUACACAUGUAAAAACCCAAGUUAAAACCUCAAUAAAUAAAAAUAAACCAUGUUGGUAUACAGAGCAGUUAUUAUGGGCUGGAAGCAAAUGCUUGAUAUUUUGACAGCAUUGCUUAAAACCCCAAACAUCAACUUAAAAGACACAAACAUAGCCACUGCACAACCUCCUCAGCUAUUGUGCAUGGGAAUACUUGUACAGAUCACCUGAUAUCUCCAACUGCCACUUAUAAUUGACUGCAUCUUAUGUUACAGCUCUGGAAAGGUUAUUUCCAGCAGCAGGAUGCUCGAUGGGUAAAUUAUAGCUGUAAUAAAGCUGUUUUCAGCCUGUCUUCUCCCACUUCUUUCUGAGGUAUCUCAGGCAGAGUUUAAUUUGGGUCCCCACGGCAGGAAAGCUCAAUGCAGGCAUGAGCCCUGCAGCCUUUGUGUCCCACUGGCAGCAAAGGCUUCACCAUUCAACAGGCACGAGCCUACGGUAACAUCCACUAAGAAGUGUUUUGGGGGGAUGACUGUUGAAAAACCAAGUGG